GCAUCUCGGGGAGAAGAGGGGAGAAAAAGACUUUUCCCCGGCUCUCAUCUGGAGGAAUAAAGCAGCUCCGCAACUCCGUCAACUUUAAACUCCAAAAUAUAUAUCCUGUAAAGACAACUUUCUUCUGUUUUCUUCUCCGCCGUGGAUUAAGUUCUGCAUGGAAACAAAUGAUAUCUGAGAGGAUCGGAGAGAGAGGAGGUGGGUGUCGGGUACAAGCCAGUGUGUUUUCUCUUCUUGUUCUUUUACGCACGGUUCUCUCAUAAAAAGCCUUGUUUGAUUUUGACAAAAGUGGAAAAGAAAUAGUCCCAAUUGUUAUUGAGUGAUCUAAAUCUCCAAAUAUCUGGGAUUUUUUUUUUUUAAAAGGCUUAAUCCCCUGUGUUUAUAAAAAAAUAAAAUAAAGUUGUUGAUACAAGUACACAAAAACAGGAAGUAUAGAAUAAUUAUAGCACUAGAAUAAUGGCGUUAAAAGCCAAAGUGUUGUACGACUUCCACUCUGAGAACCCAGGGGAGAUCAACAUAACAGAGAAUGAGCUGGUGACUCUGUUCAGCGAGGAGGAGCUGGAGGGCUGGUUGGAGGGGGAGAACAGUAGGGGGGAGGCUGGCCUCUUCCCUGCCUCCUAUGUGGAGAUCGUCAGAGACCAGAUUCCCUCAAACACCAACAAUAACGGCCUGUCCUCGCCCAAAAUCAAAGCCCUGACGCCCACCCACACCUCCUAUGCGCCCCCGGAACCCCAGUCCCAGAGAGGCCUCGGCGCUGGCAGCGGUGGUAGUGGUGGAGGCAGCUUCCACACCAGCCAGGGCAGCGAUGACGACUGGGACGAUGACUGGGAAGACAGCUCCCCUGCGGCCGAUGCGCCUCAGGGUCUCGGCAGAUCGCCACCCUUGUACCCGGUGACCACCUCCUUGCCCGGGCGGCGGGAGAGCAGCCAGCAGCAGCACCAGCAGGCCAAGAGCUCUGCAACAGUGGGGAGGAACCUCAACAGGUUCUCCACCUUUGUCAAGUCCGGCGGGGAGGCCUUCCUGCUCGGGGAGGCCUCUGCUUUCGUGAAGGACGGGGACAGGAUCUGCGUGGUGAUGGGGAAGAGUGGACCGGAAUGGCAGGAGGACCCGUAUCCGUUCACGUGCACCAUCGACGACCCCACGAAGCAGACCAAGUUCAAAGGCAUGAAGAGCUACAUGUCCUACGGCCUGACCCCGACACACACCAAUGUACAAGUCAACCGCAGGUAUAAGCACUUUGACUGGCUUUACGGUCGGCUCGUUGAGCGCUUCCCGGUCAUCUCAGUCCCCCACCUGCCGGAGAAGCAGGCCACGGGCCGCUUCGAGGAGGACUUCAUCUCCAAGCGGAGGAAGGGACUGAUCUGGUGGAUGAACCACAUGACCAGCCACCCUGUGCUGGCACGCUGUGACGUUUUCCAACAUUUCCUAACGUGCGGGGCGGAUGAGAAGGCCUGGAAACAGGGCAAGAGGAAGGCAGAGAGGGACGAGCUGGUCGGGCCAAAUUUCUUCCUCACAAUCAGCACGCCUGCUGUCCCGCUGGACCUCCAGGAAGUCGAGAGCAAGAUCGAAGGCUUCAAGACCUUCACCAAGAGGAUGGAUGAGAACAUCAUUGUCGUGAACACCACCAUCAACGAGUUCGCUCGCAAGCAGAUGACAGGAUUUAAGAAGGAGUACCAGAAAGUCGGACAGUCCUUCGCGCUCCUGGGCCAGGCGUUCGAGCUGGACCAGCAGGCCUACUCGGGGGGCCUGAACAGAGCCAUCGCCUACACCGGCGAGGCCUACGAGGCGGUUGGAGAGUACUUUGCUGAGCAGCCGCGUCACGACCUGGCUCCCAUUUCGGACCUGCUGGACCUCUACAGAGGACACCUGGCCAAUUUCCCUGACAUCGUCCAUGUACAGAAAGGUGCACUGACAAAGGUCAAAGACUGUCCAAAGCAGGAAGGCGAGCUCCACGACCGCUGCAACAUCAUUUCCUGCGCCACGCUCGCCGAGAUCCAGCACUUCCACCGCACGCGCGUACGGGACUUCCGCUCCCAGAUGCAGCACCACCUCCGUGAGCAGAUCGGCUUCUUCCAGAAGAUCACUGCCAAGCUGGAGGACACGCUUCAGAGAUAUGACGAUGACCAGUAGGAAGAGAUGGAGAGAGAACAGAGAGGUUGGACUUCAAAGGGGGAGAGGGAUGGGGGAAGGGGGACUAAGCUUGAAGAGAAGACCGGACAGGGAUGAUUGAUGUGUUCGUUCUACAUUAAUGGAGAACAUCUUAAGGUCCUUUAAGAGAGAUAUGUUUCUGAUGUGGUGAAUCCUGGGCUUGGUACAAGCAUUGGAAGAAAUAAACCACUCUUUUUGAAAAGAAAUGUAGGCCACUGGACUGUGGAAUGACAACUCCUUGGAUUAUCUUGACGGCCUUAAUGAACGUACCAGUAACAGGGAUUUUUUUUUUUUCCGAGGCUCCAGGCACAUCUUGCAACUCGGCGGGACUGCAACGUAUAUUAAAAACAGCUGCUCUCAAUGUGACGGGGCUGCCUCUAAAUUCCCGGUUUCAGGCUCACGUGAUCUCUCCAUGCCUCCAUCCUGCCUCAUGGAAACCUUCUGUUCUGGAACACGGUAACUCAACAGCAACAUCUGCACGAAACUCCCCAAAUCACUUCAACAGGAUGUUUUAAUGAUUGAAAGACAGGACUUCAUGAAUUUAAAAAUUUCUGUUAUAUCUAUAGGCGUCUGUUUUUACUUGAAUGACCUGUUCAGUAUUGUUUUGAUGGGCCAUGACAUUAUGUACGUGUUUGUGAAUAUGGCAAGAGGAGAAUGGGUAUGUCCCCUCUGUUGAAUGAGUUUAGAAGUUGGAUUUCAUUCCAGUUUGAAAUUUGACCUACUUCUGAUGUCUAACAUCGGUCACAACUCGGAUGCUGUCACAUCUUUGCUAUAUCAUAAUUUGAAUAUCUGUGUUGUUCUGCAUUUUAGUUUAUGUCUUGCCAGACUUAAAAUAAUAACUGAUCUCCGACUGAUUUUAAAUUUCUUGACAGACUGUCUUCUUGUUUUGGGAAGUAGCUCCACGGUUCUAUUUCUUUGGGUCACUGCAGUCCUUUAGUUAAUAAAACCCCAAGUCCACAUCUGUCUUUCUGCUUUCCCUCAAUCAGGGUAGCUCAGAGGUCAGGCUCAGGGUACAGAAACUUCAAUAUGAUUGAUGUUCCUGGCAUUAAAUCUCUGAAUCGAGAUCUUCUAGUUUUUCUGCAAUUAUAGCAUAUUUGAAAUUAUUCUGAGGGAAUUUACUUUUUUAUUGUUAAAAAAAGUUUUAAGACAAUCUUGUUGCAAAUCUAUGUUUCUUGUCCUCGUUUCUGUGUUUUGUGGUUCUACACGAGGGCGCCAAAGUUGGACAUUAUCAGAUUCUACAGAUUACCUUUAAUAAGGGUUGCUCUUCUAAGAAUGCUAACCUGCAACUCUAAAAUGUUAUUGUUAAACCUAUAAAAAACCAAAAUAAGCACACAGUACCGUUUGUUGUAGGUCCCCAAUCGAUCACAGUACAGUCUUUUGACAUUGAGAGGGAAGCUUAGGAUCUGGUGAAGAUAAUCAAUAUACAUUGACCAUACUAAGAUCAGUCAAAUGAAUGCAUGACAAUGGUUUACAGUGUGGAGUGCUGUCGAUUACACGCUCACAUAGAGUAUUUCUUGUAAAGGUUGUACUUCACAGUCCUCUCCUUGGAUUUUACUUCACAUGGUUUAUAAAAGGAUGCACCACCAGCUAGGUUGUUAACAGUGUUCUUCACAAUCACGUAAUUCUCUACGAUGAAAUUGUUCCUUAACACUGUUAAUUUAACACGUCUGAACAAUAUUUCAGUAAAUAAAUGAAAGUAGAAUGUAUGUCAAUCAUAUAUUUAUAGUUUCACUUGACCCAUUCUUUGUCAUUCAAGUACUGUUUUCAUGAAUAUGAAUGUUUUACUUAAGGAUAUUUA